AUGAUCGUCAUCUGCCGGAUGCCCAAACCAGUAUACCUUUGCCAGAAGCACAGACAGAGGCUAACUUGGUGCCGCUUUGAAGAUACGGGAUCAAAACCAUUUAUCUGCAAGCAGUGUCAUCGUCCAUUUGCACGCCAAGAUGCGCUCACACGGCACGAAAAGCUUCAUCUUCGGGCUGCCAACUCGAAGAAUGCACUUGAAAAGUCGGUGCAUACGGCACCUCCAACCACAGUGCCAGAUGCCUUACCUUCAUGGGAGACGCCGAGAGCCGCAGCUGAUCCUACAAUCUCAGCCGCCGUAGACCCUGCAACGAAUCAUGGUUGGGAGGCAUCGUCGGAUCACAAUGCCGGCCUACAACACCCAGGCUCAGACCUCGAUUUUGCGCUCAUAUGGCCGGACUCGGAGAAUUUGUUCCAGAGUAUCAUGUCAUGCGACACGACAGACCAAUGGCAGAUGCCGCUCGGUGCGCUGCCAUUUCCACCCAUUGUUCAGGACGUCAAUCCCAUGAAUCUUGGAUCCCCUCAUUCCUUUGAUGACCGUAGUUCGUCAAUAGGUACAAUACCUUCAGGGGGUAGCCAUCAGGCCGUACGGGAUGUCACUGAAAUGGUGACGAGCUCAUCUUCGAGCGUCACCGCCGCGAUCAAGUCAACUUCCAUCACGUCAGUGUUCCUCGAUGAAUGUCUACACAUGUUCUUUGUCCGAUUCAUCCCGACCUUCCCAAUAUUACAUCGGGCUACCUUCGUUUUUCGGGAAUGUACCCACCCGCUGUUACUCAACGCCAUGGCGCUUGGCUCACUAUAUUUGGGCCCUAAGGAUUCUGUUGCCAAGGGCGAGGCACUAUGGCGAUUGGCACACACUGCUGUGGCUACUUCAAAUCGGGUUAUCCGAACUACGAGCCAAGUCUUUCGGCCCCUUGGUUUUUUCUGGGCACGACAUUGCGGCAUGCUAGACUGCGAGCCUUUCUCAAUGGAAAAUCUUCCCUUUCCCAACGCUUCUCCAUCAGAGAAAGAGCAAAAAUGGCGAACCUGGGCGGCUCGGGAGAUACAACAACGUGCGAUCCUCGCCUACUAUAUCCUGGAUGGGCUUGUUGCCCAGAUGUCAGGUGAAAGUGCUUCCACCCGUCAUGUAGCGAAUCCACUCAGCCUCCCAAGUUGUGAGGCAGCGUUCGAUGCCGGUAAUCCGGACGAGUGGUUGGCGCACAUGCGUAACCAGAAGGCCGAACAGCCAUCCUUCCGGCUAAUCUUUCGUUCUCUCUUCCCCCAGAUUGGCAGUUUCCGAUCUUUGGAUUAUCAGUUCUCUGCAUUCGCCCUUCGUGUUGUCUUGGAAGGCCUCCAGUCGCUUGUGGCCGACUUGGAUGAAAGUGAUCUUGCUGCUGUUGGUGCCCCGGGUCGUUCGGAUGUGAGGCGAGCAUUGGCUCAGGUGCACGAGACGAUUACCAUGAGCACUCAUCUGUCAGCACCCGAAAGACUCGAAGUUCUUCUGCGCUGGCAUACCAUCUGCCUUGAUACAAUGAUCAACUCGACCGCACUUUGCAGGCAUGUUUGCUCCCGAUACAAUAUUCCGCAACAUGUCUCUGGAGGCUCCCGCGCCGUCAAGUCAUGCUUCGAUAUGGCGAAGUGGGUGAACACCGCAGAUGCUCGUCGAGCUUUGCUGCAUGCCAUUGCCAUUCAAGAUAUUGUAGAACAGCUUCCUCGUGGCCGUGCCCAUGUUACCCACAUGCCAAGUUCCCUCUUUGCUGCGGCUACGAUAUACGUCGUGUUUGUUUUGUCGGGAGUAGGCACUGUUCACCUCCCGCGCACGAUUGUCUGGCACGAUGCACUUCUCUCGCAUGCCGAUAUGAAUCUGGGAUGCGAGAAUAUUCGAUCGUCAAUGGGCACUGAGACCCGCAAAUUCGUUGAAGAGGGCCACACAGAGUCUCCACCUGGCGUCGCAGCGGUGCGAAAUCUCCUUUAUGAGAUGAAUUCCAUGCAGAAGCUGUUCCGUUGUCUCAUCUCGCAAUGGGGUAUUGCCCACGACAUGGAAGAGAUUGUUGACCAAUGGAUUUCGCGCUGUCACUAG